AUGCAGCUUUCCUACAUUUCUCUCUUCCUCACUGCUCUGCUCGGCGCUGCCUCUGCCGCCGACCGACUAGAAUCUCGAGCAGCAAGACCCCCAGAGACUUUGGUGACCAUCAUCAAGCCGACCGCAGUGACAAAGUUUCCUCCUCUCCCAACGCACACAUACAAACCAUGUGGCGGCUAUCGCAUAACACCCCUCAAGUGCGAUGACGGAGAGAUCUGCAUCGACAACCCAUAUAACACCUCGGGUUGCGGCCUGGCCUGCGAUCUUCCCGGCAUCUGUGUCAAGCCCAUCAUGUGCGGCGGUAUUGCGGGCUUUAGGUGCCCGGACGGCAAGAAGUGCUUUGAUGAUCCGAGAGACGACUGUGAUCCCCUUAAGGGAGGCGCCGAUUGCGCUGGUCUUUGCAUCUAA